GGCGCCCCGGCCCAGGCUCCGCCGCGGACCGAACGCGCGUGCGGCGCGCGCCUCGCGCGUGCGCGCGGAGCGCCCAGCCGGCGCCCCCUCCGCGCCACGCGCCGCGCCGCCGAGGCGCUGCCAUGCGCGGGAGGCCCUCGAGGGCCCCGCGGUAGCCCGCGGCGGAGGCCCCGGGCAGACGCCGCUUGGGGUUGGUGUGGUGGGCCAGCGUUCCACCGCCACUGCCACAGGCGGCGAUGAGGAUCGCCCAGCAGCUCCGCAGCAGCCCGAGCCUCCGCGAGGUCGCGGUGGCGGCCCUCCGCGAGGCGCCCGCCCGGCGAGACACGGUCGGCUUCCUCACGGCCUCGAGGAGGGGCGAGGCGAACGAGGGGAUCUCGCGGGCGCUUCCGCCGAAGUCCAGUCCCAUCUACCAGGCUGCGGUCUGGGUUCUGGUGGCGGCCACGGCGCUGGUGCUCUUCCACACGCUGUGGUUCGUGGGCGAGCUGCUUCUGACCGUGAGGUGGAGGGCCCCGGGGUCCGAGCAGAUGGCGGUCUGGAAGGGCGUCGCGACCCUCCUCUUCGAGCUCUCCCUGCCGGCCUGCGGGUACCUCGGCGCCACGCACGGCAACCGCCACCUCGCGUGCUGCUUCUGCGGCUGCAGCCUCUUCGUCACCUCCGUGGUGUUCGUCGGGCUGGCCCUCACGAUCAUGACCUCGGUGGGAACCGUCGACCCGGCGGACGUCGCUAUUCAGAACAACAAGGAGCUCCUGAUCAUGCUCCUGUACUUCAUGUCCUUCUGGUUCGGCAUGCAGCUGCACUCGCUGCUGAUGCUGCGGCAGUCGCCCGACGACCACCUGGCCUCGAUGGUGCCGGUGGUGGGCCAGGUGAUCCAGGUCAGGCCGCCCCACUGGGCCGGCUGGGCCUGGACCUCGGACCAGCCCGCCGCGGCAGCCAGGGCUCGGGGACUUGCCCCCUCUCCGGCGCCGGCCCGUGAGCCGAGGCGCCUCGGCCCCUGGACGGUCCCGCGGCACCGCCCCCGCGAGCCGAGCGCGCGCUGAGGCGCUCGAGCCCAGGCUCCCGUCGGCCCUCGCGUUGGGGUUCUUACCGUUGCUGCUCCGGGGCGGGCCGCCAUCGUCGCCGCGGCUGGGCGCGGAGGAGGACCACCACGCAGGUGCACCUCUCAGUCCCUCGCCCUCUCCCAUCACAGAGCUCGCGGCUCGGCACGGCCCACUCGCCCCGUCGGACGGAGGACGCGCGGUGCCAAAUGGAA